AUGUGCCCCAUCGCACACGCCGUCCAGCUCGUCAACGAGUUCGUCCUGCCGUCGACCAUCGACGCCGCCGUGUUCAACGACCUGCUCAAAGCGUUCGAGGACUUCCGCCCUUAUACAGUGGGCGCCAUGGACGGAGCCGCGGCCAGGGGGCGCCUCGACAUCGUCCAGCGGCUGCAUGUCGAGCGGAUCGAAGGUUGCUCGUCGGCUGCGCUCAUCGGCGCGGCGUCCAACGGCCACUUGGAGCUCACGGAAGCCACGAAGCACGGCCACCUUGGGAUUAUCCGGUUUCUACGGGCAUCCACGCACCUGCGAGAGUUCGAUCGGGAGCGGUUGCUGGUGAUGGCGGCUGCCAACGGGCACGUUGCAAUUGUUCGUGUCUUUCUACGCGGAGUCGUUGACGCCCAUGGAGCGGUCGCUGCAGCUGCGGGCAAUGGUCAUGGGGCUUGGAAGAAGGCGCUUGAGGGCGGACACAUUGGCACCAUCGAGCUACUGACCAAGGCUGCAGGUGACGUCGCUAUUGAGUUGGCAUUUACGAAAAUGGCGGCGGUCAUUACAAAGAACAACGACAAGGAACUAGUGCCUGUUCUGCUGGAAAAAUGCCCUUCAAUGGAGACGCCCGGGCGAAAUCUCGUUUGGGGGAGCUAUCGGUUCACCAACCCCAUCCAAUCCGCUGUCGCUACAGCUAUGAGUGAGGCUGCCGAUGCUGGUCAGUUAGACAUGCUCAGAGUCCUAACCAAGACAAGUGCUUCGUAUGUGCGCGACAUACUGAGCCACGCAGUGAAUAACGACCAAAGGGACGUCCAGAAGCUGUUGUUGGAACUGUGUGAGGCGAAGUACUUGCAGGAGCAUCGGAUGGCGUCGUACAUGACGACUAUGCUGGAACAAGCCGCAGCAUACGACGAUUUGGAGACUGUACAGCAAAUAUUUGCCAAGUGUGGCAGAGCUGACGUUGGUGACGCGUUGUGGAUAGCUGUCGAGAACAACUCCGUCAAGGUAGUCAGUCUGCUUGUCAAGAAGAGCGAACCUUGCAGCGUUGUGGCUGCUUUAGUUGAAGCCGCUACAAGAGGCAAGGCUGACAUGGUGCAAGCCCUGCUCGACCACUCUGGCCACCAAGCGAUUGAGAGUGCUCUGGAGAGGACAGUAGCAUCUGGAAACGUUGAGCUAUCGACGAUGCUGCUCCGUCGAUGCAAUCCGAGCGCGCACAAGCGCAUCUUUCAAAAUGCCGCGUCGAGUGGUUGCGCUGGCGUUCUGCAACUGCUGCUGGACGAGAUGGAACCUCACUGUAUCCAUCGCGCCUUGUUCUGUGCUGCAGCGCGGGGGCACGUCGAGGCUGUAGCUGAGUUGCUGGAGAAAAGUGAGUCAUCAGCGAUUGCAUGCGCGCUCGAGUGCGCCGCCACUGAAGGUCGACUUUCUGUGGUGAAGGUGCUGCGUAGCCACUGCGAUGCGGCUACUAUCCGCAAUGCUAUGUCGAAAGCGCAACUUAUUGGCGACGACGAGAUCGUACACCUGCUCAGCAGCAAGAAAGUGCGGUUCGAGUGA